AUGCAGUCGAUUCUCCUCGCGUUCUCCGCGUCUACCUCCGCUUUCGCCAACGAAGACAUUCGUAACUUUCCUUGCCGUUUUCAUCGGCUAGAUAUUACUCACUGUGCAAGCCAGUACCAAAUCUCGCGGAUUCCCGACGAAACUCAAAGUUACGGAUUCGGGUUUGGCUCGGUAGACGAUGCCGAAACAAUGUGCAAGUCAAAGUGGCACUUACGCGUACAGGUUUGCAUAGGCGACAGAGUUAUCCAACGCUGUCUUGAACACGGGGCCUCAGAGUUCCAACUCUCAAUGUGGCGAUUCAUCUUCGAUUCGCGGCCUCACGAAAGGGCCGCCAACUACCUCUGUAAACCACACAACAUGAAAAUCUUUCGGACACACCGCGAGCAGUGUUUCAAGCCGCACGAGGCCGGCGCCAGCGUCUGCUCGCAGCGCCAGUCGAGGGAGUUGGCGCGGGCCACGGCGCUUCUCGCCUCCCGCACCGAGGACGUCCCACGGGCCAGCGAGGGCGGUGGCGGUGACGGCGCACACGACGACGACGACAACGACGCCGACGCUGGCAGAGACUCACUUGCCAACGACUACGUGGCGUACAUCCAGCAGCAAAUCUCAGCAGCGCACUGUGAGACCACUCUAGAAAAGAUCCGCUGCUUGACUGCGAUACUACAGCGGAAUUGCUCGCAAAACGCAGUCAAGCUAAUCCAGAAUUAUUUCAGGGAACUUCUGCCAAAGCACUGUCGGUACACAAACAACUUCCAAGCUGGUGCACAUAUUAUCGAGUCUCGCACGUGGGAAAAACAUAAACCCAUGGAGACAUUGCGACAAUCAAGUCAAACUCACAUCCUCAAUGACGCCAAUCACAUGGAGACCUCGCUUACUAGUGCCAAGGGUUCAAACGACUCUACAACCCUAGCUCACUUAUUUCAUACUUUGUUGAUUCUGUUCAUUCUAGUCGUGGCGGAAUGA